CCAACUCCAAAGUGGUUGCAACGCGCAAGGCGCCCCGAACAGAGCCGAGAGUAGCUAGUCCAGGGUGGAGGGCGAGAGGUGGGGGACGUGUGGGGGAGGAAGACUGCCCUCUCUUGCCUGCUGCUGCUACUGGGUUGCUUGCCUAGCCUGGUUGUUGCUGCUGCUCUGCUCUCCCUCUUUUGGAAAGCUAGUUCCCGACUGGAGCGGAGGGCUCUAUUGUUAUUUAUUGUGUGGCUGUGUUGCACGCUGUGCCUGCUGCAUGGGGCUGGCUGGCUGGCUAGAAAGGGAGAGAGGGAGUGAGUGAGUAAGGGAGGGAAAGACAGACAGACAGACUCACUCACCCGCCCGCCCGCAGUGGGGGGAGCCCCUUAGCUGGCACCGCCAGGCCGUUUCCAGCGGAGCCCAAAGUUUUGCCUGCCGGAGAGCACAGGAGCAACAGCAGCCUUUUGGUUAGGAGCUGAGUGCUGGCGGUGGCGAUCAUAGACUCGCAGAGCUUUUUUGUCGCACCCUGCAAACCGUUUAUCUCAGUUAAAGCUGUUUGUGAAUACACUGGAGAUGAAAAAGGGUUAUCCCUUGCAGAACGUCCCCAGCCAUGAAUGAAUGCGCGUAACACCUAUGACUAAAACUGCUAACCUCUCCUGAAACAUGGCGCAGUGACAAUCAGUGACAGAAAAGUGACAACAGGGUAAGAAGACCAGCCAUUUUGGUUGGCUGUAGCUGAAGAUUGCUUUACAGAAGCCACUAAAAAGAAGGGAGAGAGCACUCCUGCAAGACGGCUAGCACAGUUAUAGAGCAUCUGAUGGCUAGAAAAUUCUUUAUGGAUCAAACAAGGACUUUAAAUGUCUAGGACAAAGGGAUAGGGCUAUGAACAAGGUUUUUGAGUCAUGAUGCAAGAAUCUGGGACUGAGACAAAAAGUAACGGUUCAGCCAUUCAAAAUGGAGCAAGUAGCGGCAACCACUUACUAGAGUGCAGCCUACGGGAAGUGAGAUCAAACGGAGAGACGCCUUCAGUGGAAAUUGGUGCUGCAGAUCUAGCCCACCUUCAGCAACAGCAGGCUCUUCAGGUAGCAAGGCAGCUUCUGUUACAGCAGCAGCAGCAGCAGCAGCAGCAACAACAACAACAACAACAACAACAGCAACAACAAGUUAGCGGGCUAAAGUCUCCCAAGAGGAAUGACAAACAGCCAGCCCUUCAGGUUCCAGUGUCAGUGGCUAUGAUGACACCUCAAGUUAUCACUCCCCAGCAAAUGCAGCAGAUCCUCCAGCAGCAAGUGCUAACUCCACAGCAACUUCAGGUCCUGCUCCAGCAACAGCAGGCACUCAUGCUUCAGCAGCAGCAGCUUCAAGAAUUUUAUAAGAAACAACAGGAACAGUUGCAGCUUCAACUUUUACAGCAACAACAUGCUGGAAAACAGCCUAAAGAGCCACAGCAGCAACAGGUGACCUCGCAGCAGUUGGCCUUUCAGCAGCAGCUUUUGCAGAUGCAACAACUGCAGCAGCAGCACCUCCUGUCUUUGCAACGCCAAGGUUUGCUAACAAUUCAGCCUGGCCAGCCCACCUUGCCGUUGCAGCCCCUUCCUCAAGGCAUGAUUCCAACAGAACUGCAGCAACUCUGGAAAGAAGUGACGGGUUCUCACACAGCUGAGGAAGCUGUAAGCAACAACCACAGCAGUUUGGAUCUGUCAACGACGUGUAUCUCCUCCUCAGCCUCUUCUAAGACCUCCUUAAUAAUAAACCCACAUGCUGCAACAAAUGGACAAUUAUCAGUCCAUACUCCUAAAAGAGAGAGUUUAUCCCAUGAAGAGCACUCACAUAGCCAUCCACUUUAUGGGCAUGGAGUAUGCAAAUGGCCAGGCUGUGAAGCAGUGUGCGAAGAUUUCCAGUCUUUUCUAAAACAUCUCAACAGUGAGCAUGCGCUGGAUGAUAGAAGUACAGCCCAAUGUAGAGUACAAAUGCAGGUUGUACAACAGUUAGAGCUACAGCUUUCAAAAGACAAAGAGCGCCUGCAAGCUAUGAUGACACACCUGCAUGUGAAGUCAACUGAACCAAAAGCUACCCCUCAGCCUCUGAAUCUUGUUUCUAGCGUCACGCUUUCAAAGACUGCGUCAGAGGCCUCUCCACAGAGCUUACCUCAUACUCCCACCACCCCGACAGCGCCCAUCACUCCUGUCACCCAAGGACCUUCUGUCAUCACUACUACCAGCAUGCACAGUGUCGGGCCUAUCCGAAGGCGGUACUCUGACAAAUACAAUGUGCCCAUCUCUUCAGCAGAUAUUGCGCAGAACCAAGAAUUCUACAAGAAUGCAGAAGUCAGGCCACCCUUUACUUAUGCAUCUUUAAUUAGGCAGGCUAUUCUUGAAUCUCCAGAAAAGCAGCUAACACUAAAUGAAAUCUACAACUGGUUCACGCGAAUGUUUGCCUACUUCAGACGGAAUGCAGCAACGUGGAAGGGUGCUAUUCGCACCAACCUAUCCCUGCAUAAGUGCUUUAUCAGAGUAGAGGAUGAGUUUGGGUCCUUUUGGACUGUUGAUGAUGAAGAGUUUAAACGUGGCCGUCAUAUUCAACGAGGCCGUCCUCGAAAAUUCUGCCCUGAUGAAAACUUUGGCGAGCUUGUUACACAGCAUCUGUCUUCCUUGUGCAGGAGCCCUUCACUCAUUAAAAACAUGCAGACCAGCCACACCUACUGCUCACCUCUCAAUGCUGCUUUACAGGCUUCAAUGGCUGAGAACAGUAUACCUCUGUACACUACUGCUUCCAUGGGAAACCCCACUCUGGGCAGUUUAGCCAAUGCUAUGAGGGAAGAGCUUAAUGGUGCAAUGGAGCAUGCGAACAGUAAUGGAAGUGACAGCAGUCCAGGACGUUCCCCUAUGCAAGCAAUGCACCCCGUGCAUGUCAAAGAAGAACCAUUAGAUCCAGAUGAAAAUGAAGGCCCACUAUCCUUAGUGACAACAGCCAAUCACAGUCCAGAGUUUGAUCACGAUAGAGAUUAUGAAGAAGAAAAUGUAAAUGAGGACAUUGAAUGAAUAUGUCUGUGGUUGUUGUGAUCCUGCGAAUGAAGAUUGCGGGGAGAGACGAAAAAACACAUACUUCAGCUGUGAAAUCUCUCCCCAUUAUUGUACAGUCCGGAGGAUGCACUCGGUCCAUUUUGACAGCUAUAAAAUACGUUAACUCUUAGUGCCAUCAAGUAUCCCAUUUGGGAGUAUUUUUGAUUUUUCUACUUUUUGUUGGAAAACAAAACAAAGGAAUUUGUACUCUGUGCAUUGAAUUGGACUUGUUUGGUACUUGGGAUUCCCUCUCACAGUCGACAUCAGUGUUGUAAAUUUGUUCAACUGAUUCAUGUAUCCACGAUUUGGCAGCAGACUUUGGACUGCAAUUCUUCCAAUUUGGGACACUGAAGACCUCAAGCUGAGCAUGUACACAUAAAUUUCAGAUCAAGCCUUUGCCCAGAUGUGAAGGAUUCCAAUGGACAACGUAUUUGCACAGUAUCGCAUGUUGAUUAUCACUGCCUUUACUUUUUUCUUCUCUCCCUCUCUCCCUCUCUCUCUUUUUGCUUCCAUUUGGGAUGGGAAAGUCUUCUGUGCAUGUGCACAUGUGUGUGUGUGUGUGUGUGUGUGUGUGUGUGUGUGUGUGUGUGUGUGUGUACUGAGGAGGGGUUAAAAGAAAAUUCUCCCCAAUUUUUUAGUGUAUAGGUUUUAUUUUACCCCUGUUUCUCCUACACCAUUUUAAGUUCUGACCUCAGGCCUUAACAGGCCAGGGCCUUUUGAGGCUUAAUGUUUUCUGUAUUUUGUGAUGAAUGUUAAUAGGUGUUUUUAUUAUACAAAGCUGAAUGUCUUUGAAUUGUUUGUAGUUCUUUUUCUGCCAUCCAUUCCAGUUUUCUUCAGAUGCCAUCAUGUUUUCUUUAGCUAUAGAAAACAUUCCAUUUUGGGCUAUAUUUCCCCCCUUCAAAGUUCUCAAAUGCUGCUGUAACCAUGUGCAAAGUUAUCUUCCAACAGAAAGACAGGCAGUACUGCAAAAGUGAGAAUGAAAGACAAACCAGCAUAGAAAUGGUGUAGGAUGUAGCAAGCCAUUCCACAAAGCAGUUUGUUGUCAUUGCCCUCCAUGGUUUGGGUUGGUUUUUCUUUUCUUUUUUUUCUUGCAGCAAUGGUGAAUAGUAACAUACAUCACAAAAUUGAACAGCAUAAAAAACGAGAACACAACCCAAUAGAGAUGAUUAUGUCAAAACAUUAAUAUCCAAAAUAUCAGGCUUUUAAAGAGUUUCUGGGCCAACAGAUAUCUCUGAAAUUACCAACCUGCAUAUCUGUACACGUAUUAAUAUUCACAUUGGCAAAUAGAGAUUGUAGAGUGUUGUACAUGGUGGUUUUUCCAAGUUAAACAACAGUUCAAGGAUUGCUUGGUGUUUGGAUAUAAAUUAAAUUUUGAAUACAAUAUUGAGAAGUCAAAAAGGUCCAUUAGUUGUAAAGUGUUAAUAAUUUUAACUGGGCAAAUUCUGUUACUGCAGUUAAGAUUAUUAUGCAAUAUCACACCAACCAGUAUCAAAAACUAACAAUUUCAGAAACCUGUGGGUGAAUUCGCACUGUUCAAAAAGUGACAGUGUUCUUCAGAAGCAAGUGCAUGCAGGUAGCUGCUGUUAAAACAUCAGUCAGUACCCCUUGAUCACUGGACAUCUAAACACUUUCAUUCUCCAACCACUUCUCCAUAACUCACUUAUUUAUGUCGGACUAUCGCUUUUAAUUUCAAAAGCCUUCCUGAUCUUAAUUUAUAUUCUACUUUGUACCUCCCCCCCUAAAAUUACCAAAGAUAUAACACAAAGGUAAAUUAUGUUCUCUGUUAUAUGCUUUAUCUUAUGAAGCCAAAUAUCCUCUUAUUGUUGAUCAAAGGAGGUGAAAGAAUUUAGAAGCAAAUGUCAAGAUAUGGGCUACGGCUAACCUGAGAAAGAAAACUGCUCCUUUAUUAGAGUAUAAUUUAGAAGACCAAGUAGAUGGCUGAACCAAAGUUAUUGCUUUUUUUUUUUUAAAUUGUCUUCCUUUACAGUGACCAAAUGAAUUUCUGUAAAGAGAAUGUGAGUUUGAGGCUAAAGCUAGGGAACAAUAUUAAGUCAAGGGAGCAUCCAAAGGCAGAGUUUCAUCUUGGGAAAGCAGGACAGUCUGUUCUGCAGAAAAAAAUAAGAGUAUUCAAUAAAGGAAAUAAUUACAUAUUAUACAGAAGAGCUCCCACAGCUUAAACUGGACCAUACGAAUAUCUUAAGAAAUUAUUUCUUACACUUUUGUUUGGGUCUUUGGCCUUACAAAUCCUGUUUAAUUUUUGUUAAAAGCUAACGCUAGGGCAACUUCUUUUCUCUUCUGUUUAUCUGUGCACAGGAUUUCAGAGCAAUUAUGAUUGUUGUGGUGGUUUUUUCCCCUUUGAUUUUUGGUCAGCAUCUUUCACAUGGAAUAAACUCCUGUCCCUUUGUAAGCUUUGGUACCAUUCAAGUCAAUGGGAGAUUUGCCAUUAACUUUCACUGAAAGCGAAUUACAUUCUUUGCUAACAGUGAAAUAUUUAAAAGCUCAACAUUUUCCCCACUCCACCCAAAUUGCCCCCCCCCCAUUUAAAUGAGGGCAGUCUGUGGUCAUUUGAAACAUUUUGAAACUAAUCUUAUUCAGGCAGCUCCAUGACGUGCAGGAGAUAGCCAGAGGGGAUCACAAGAAGGUAUCCCUGUGCUUUGAAACUGAGUGGUUUUGCUGGUUAGCUUGGUAUUCAAAAGGGGAUAAAAAUCUGGUAGAUUAGUUCAUUCUCAGCAUGUGUAGCUAGACAUGAGUAAAGAUAACAGCAUGAGAAACUGUUAGUACGCAUACCUCAGUUCAACUUGUUAGGGAAUGAGUAAAUAAAAUUAAAAAAAAAAAAACAUUUCACUCAGUUGCACUUAGUUGUGUGUCUUGCAUGCAUAGUCUAAAGACUGUAGCAAAAUAAUAAAAGAUAAAAGGAAAUAAAAAAAUUAGACUUACCAUACCUUGCAGGUAUCACUGUCCUGCAGAAGAACCAAGAGAAAAAUCUCAGGCUUUACAUCAAGCAAACUUCGUUAUUUUUUACAAAUUUCUGAUUAUGUGUCCCUUUGGAUAAUAAUUGCUCCUAUAGGGUGGGGUUUAUUAUGUUGUACAUAUAUAGCCCAAUGUGUCUCUGUGGUCCUUUUGUCUUUUGGUGGGUGGGGGGAGGGGGAGGCAAGGGAAGAAAAUGAGGGAAAAGGUUCUUUAAAAAAAUCAUUCCUCAAAAGGAAUAAAUGCAUACCUGUUUGUCAAAACACCUCUUGCUUUUUGUGCAACUGCUUUAUAUUAACUAUACUUUUAAAAAAUGCUUUGAAAAAAAUCCUACUGUAUGUAAUGGAAUUGCAGAAUAUGCUGCACAUGUAUUUUAUUUAGUUAUCCUUGCUUUAAGACUAUUGGAUGACAUGUGGGAGAAAAUCCCAUACUCUUUAUUUUGAUUUUUGCAGAUUUUUAAAAAAUCCUUUUGGCUUCUAAACUGUAAAAUAGUUGACAGAUUAUCCUCCCCCCCCCCCCGGUUAUGAAUAGAAUCAUUUUUGUACAGUUUUUGUUCUUACACUGUUUUGUUUUUUUUAAAAAACAAUACUUUCCCACCCCUUCUGUUAUCCUACCACUGCCUAUUUCUGGCUUUCUUAAGGGGGGUGGGGGAAGGAAAAUAUGUUUCAAAAAAUGUUUUCUCCUGCUGCAGUAAAUACUUUGCAUGAUGAAUUCCAAGGUCACACUUUCAAAGUUUAUCAGUGAAGUAGUGAUUAAUAAUGGAGAGUGUCAAAAUUAUUGAACUUUUGUAUAAAAAAUACUUUACAAGGUGCCAAGAUGUAAAGACAAUUUGUUACAUGUUUUCCCCCCUUUUCUCUUAAAAGUGUGCGUUAUGAAAGCAGUACCAUGUAUCGGGUAAACUGCUGUCAGGAAUGAGAGUCAAAGCCUACCAUAGCCACACAUGCAUGUCUACAGAACUUACCUCUCUCUUCUCCUGCCAAACUUACUAUCAGAGUUGUCAGCUCUGAUAAUCUGUUGCAGUGCAGGAGAGGGGGAAGGGGUCUUCCUCAAAAGGUGGACUCUCCAUACAGCAGCAGGUACAGAGCCGAGGCUGCUCCUGCAUUCAGGAAUCUCUAGAUGGGAGGGAGUAAAAAUCCUGCAUAUAACCCGGAAGGCUGGGUGCACUGGAUCCCCCUGAGCAACCCCUUGCACCUCCAGUGGGGGAGCUCAUUAUCCAGAAACCUGCUUUCAUGCAAAGAUAAUCCCUUCCCUGGAUCCAAACAUGUAAGACUUACUGGAUUUCUGCAUAUGGCCAGAAGCAAAAGAAAAGGGGAAGGGGGAAAUCAAGGCUUAUGUUUAAUUUUUUUCUAUAUUUUAGUUCUGCCUUAGGAGAAUCCAACCAUAAUACCCAUGAUAAGAUAUCAGGGUGGGAAAGGUGACUGGGGGGGAGGUGUAAGAUUCUACAAAUGACGCAGAUCAUUAGAUAUUUUAUAUAUAAAUAUAUAUAAAUAUAUCAAAGUUUUAAAAAAUAAUUUUGAACUAGUGUAAUUUUCAGAGUGCUGACAAGCUACGUUCCUUAUAGCAUGGAGAAUGUGUUUUAAACUCUUUUGGAAAUACUUUGGUACAUUUUUGGUUAACGUACUCAGAUGGAGUUUUUAGAUGUUGCAGAAAUUAUUUCUCAUUCUAGUCUUGAGAGUUGCACUUGCAAAUCUGUUCUACAUUUUUAAUAAACCCAGAGCAGGUAACAGAAUAUCUCCUUCCCAUAAGCCUUGAUGAGAAAAUGGUACAGUCCAGACUGUUAGCAUGGUGCUUCAUGUGUAUGUGCUGCCAGUAAUGAGAUUCUCCUUUUUAAAAUUAUUAUUUUUAGGCAUACAAGAAACUCAUUCCUUACAUCAACUGUAAUUCCAUCAUUCCAUGUCUGUUGAUGCAGACAAUAAAAUGUUGUGUAGUCAGUACUUAUUACUGACAUUAUAGCAUUCUCUAAUGCAAUAAAAGUGCUGGUUGUUCACACUGGU